AUGGCUUCAGCAGGUUCAGCCAGCCUCGCUCUCAAGGCGGCCGCCGUCGCCGCCGUUCUCACCAUGCUGCUCGUACCUUCAUCCGGCCGCUGUCCGUCGCUGGGGCCGGCACCACCCCCGCCGGCACAGGCGCCACCACCGCUCGCACCGACACCACCGCCGCCGGCACAGGCGCCACCACCGCUCGCACCGACACCACCAGCGCCACCGCCGGCUCCGGCGCCGUGGAACCCACCAUGCUCUCAGUCCCGGCGCCAGCAGUGCUACUCGGAUACGUAUCCGGCUUGCUAUUCGGCGUGCACAACCUCCAACCCAUGCACCGAAUGCGAAUUGCUUGGUGCUCUCUGCAGCAACUGCAGGAUCGCCGAGAAAGACAAGUGCACGGCCGACUGCGCCGGCGGCGGCUGUGACUGCGACGCCGCCGCCGCCGCCGCCAGCGCAUGCCACACCGACUGCGGACUGAAUUAUGGUCGCUGCAACAGCUGCACGACGGCCGCGACCGACAAGUGCAACGCCAACUGCACCAGCGGCGGCAGCUGUGACUGCCACGGUGCCGCCAAGAGUGCAUGCCGCAACGAUUGUGCCGCCGAAACAUGCUACUCGUGCGCGCGCGCACAACUGAAGAAUUGCGACACCGUUUGCUCGGCCGAGUGCAACAAGUGUUUUGCGCCGUAG